CGACAAACACGUACAUAAAGGAACUGAUACUAUCUUCUCUUCCCUUUAUGCCUCUCUUCUCUAUAUUAAAAACCCUAAUCCCAGAGCCCUGAAAGUUGAGUAUCCCAAAACCAACCUCUUUCUCCAGCUCUUACUCUUUUUCCUCUUCUUCUUCUCUGCAUCUUUUGCCUUUCUCUUGUCCCCCAAAAAGAGGAAGUGGACUAAAACAGACAACACACAGAAACUUCUCUACUUUGGAGGAUUUUGUCCAAAGUGGUUGAACUGUGGAAGAAGUCUUUCACUUUUGUCCCUUCCCUUUGGGGUUUGAAUAUAUAAGAGAAGCAAUCCCGAUACAGAAAGGAUUACUUACUCCAUCCUCACCCACAGAAAGUCUUCCUUUCUUGUGUGUCUGCAGAAAGAUGGAUUGGAAUGGCAACUUGAGGAACCUUAACGUUCCUCGUCCCUCGGAGGCUUCAUUCAACUUCCUCUACAGCUAUAACUACGACCAGUUUCCUCCAGUGGAUGUGAAGCAACUAGCUGAACCUCAUCAUCAAGGGAUGAACGUUAACUAUGGCGGCGGCAGUAGUAGUAGCAACAGCAACAACUACGCGAGCCAUCAACAGCAGCAAAUGAUGACGAUGAUGAUGAUGGAGAAGAAGAAGAGACUGAGCAACGAGCAGCUGGAGUCACUGGAGAGAAGCUUCCAGGAAGAGAUCAAGCUGGACCCCGACCGCAAAAUGAAGCUGUCACGGGAACUGGGGCUGCAGCCGAGGCAGAUCGCCGUUUGGUUUCAGAACCGCCGGGCAAGGUGGAAGGCCAAGCAGCUGGAGCGCCUCUACGACUCGCUCAAGCACGAGUUCGACUCCGUCUCCAAGGAGAAGCUCAAGCUCCAGGAAGAGGUGAUGAAGCUGAGAGGGAUGCUGAGAGAGCAAGCAACGAGGAACAAGCAAGUGUCGACGGCUGGGUACACGGAGGUAAUUUCCGGCGAAGAGACGGUGGAGAGCACGUCGGGGGCGGUCGGACAGAGCAGCUCCGGGAGGGCUAUAGCCGGCGGCCAGCAUCAGAUGACGGCGGAGAGCAAUUACCUAAUGAGUGUGGAUGAAUACAACCCAGUAGUAGUACCGUCUCCUGCUUACUGGGCUACUACUCUGCCGUCUUAUCAUUAAUGAAGCGUAGAACCAAAUGAUUUGAUUAGUAAUAAUAAUUAAGUUGAGCUCAUUAGUACGUGAGCUUACUCUUCUUUCCUUAUGAUUAUCUAGGUCUGGCUAAUAUAAUUAUGGAGAAAUUUCGAUUAUGAGUUUGAUUCUAGUUAAUGAAUUAUGUGGAAGCUAGUUCCCGAGUGUGAUUAUUUGAGUCCAUAAACGUUAUUUCUUUCGGUCACUCAAUUUGUCCGAAUAUGAUUUCAAUUUUUUAAUUAUUCUAUAAUAAUAAUGAACAAGAAAACGCUAACUGGGUCUCAAUGUCAAUCCCAAACUAUCUAUCAUGAUUAAUACGUGAUUGAAUAGUAUUCAUUAUUUAAGUAACAUUUUAUUGAGAUGGAAUAUAGUUAGAGGUGUACAACUGUUCCUAGCACUAAACCAUAAUAAAAAUGGAGUAUUAAG